UCCUCCUUCAGUUCAGCUGUAAAUACUGGAAUAUUCCCAUCAGUCUACAAGUGAAGACGAGCAUCAGACCAUCAGGAAGAAGAGAAAUCUGCAAAGACAGAGUUAAUUGAAGGACAGUGAGAAGAUGAGUGAUCCAGAACCCUGCAGAAUUAAACAGGAAGAGACUGAAGAACUAAUAGGUGUGAUGGUGAAGGAGGAGAGUGAAGAUGAGGAGAAACAUCAUGUCAAAAGUGAAGAAAACACUCAAUCAGAGACUGAACACAGUAUUUUAAUGGAAAUACCAGCUGUAAAAGGUUUGACCUGCACUCAGUGUGGAAAGAGUUUCAAGAACAAACACACUCUGAAGAGUCAUAUAAAGACUCACACCGGAGAGAAACCGUACCACUGCACUGAUUGUGGGAAGAGUUUCACACGAUCAACUUCUCUACGAAGACACAGAAAAAAAUAUCACAACCUGGUUGUGAAACAGGAGGAGAGCGAAGAGUUGACUGAAGCCAAGGAGGCCAAUCCAUGCUCUUUGUGUGGAAAGAGUUUUAAAUUUCAGUCAAAGUUAAGACAACAUCAGACGAUUCACACUGAAGAGAAACCGUACACAUGUACUCAGUGUGGGAAGAGUUUUAAAUUUCAGUCAAACUUAAGACAACAUCAGAUGAUUCACACUGAAGAGAAACCAUACACGUGUGAUAGAUGCGGCAAAACAUUUUCAAGGCGUUCAGAGCUGAAGAUCCAUCUUAGACGUCAUACAAACGAGAAGCCUUAUUCCUGCUCUGAGUGUGGAAAGAGUUGUAUUAGAGUUGGGGACUUUAACCGACACCAGAUGAUCCACAUAGGUGUGAAAAAGCAUGCCUGCAUUGAGUGUGAGAAGACUUUUAUCAGAGUUGGAGACUUAAACCGACACCAGAGGACUCACAGUGGAGAGAAACCAUACAAGUGUUCACACUGCGACAAGAGAUUUGGUCUUUUACAAAUCCUGAAAGCACAUGAGCGGACUCACACUAGAGAGAGACCGUACUCAUGUACUCAGUGUGGGAAGAGCUUCAGAUAUUCAUCAAAACUUAAUGAACACGUGGUGAUCCACACUGGAGAGAGAACACACACGUGUGAUCAAUGCGGCAAGGCAUUCUUGAGGCGUGCAGACCUGAAGGCUCAUCUUAGAAUUCAUACCAACGAGAGGCCUUAUUCAUGUUUGUUAUGCGGAAAGAGUUUUACAUUUAAAAAAUGUUUAAGAAAACAUGAACAGAUCCACACUGGUGUGAAAGAGUUUGCCUGCUUUGAGUGUGAGAAAACUUUUAUUAGUGUUGGGCAUUUGAAAAGGCACCAAGUGGUUCACACUGGAGAGAAACCGUACAAGUGUUCACACUGCGACAAGAGAUUUGCUAGGUCAGAAUGCCGGAAAGCACAUGAAAGGAUUCACACUGGAGAGAAACCGUACACAUGUACUGAGUGUUGGAAGAGUUUUACACAAUUAUCAAACCUUAAAUCACACAUGCUGAUCCACACUGGAGAGAAAACACACAAAUGUGAUCAGUGCGGCAAAACAUUCUUGAGGUCUUCAGAGGUGAAGAGCCAUCUUAGAGUUCAUGCAGUGGAGAGGCCUUAGUCGAGUUAUCGGUUGGUAAAGAUGUUUACACAUCAUCAAAAUUUACCUCCCAGAAAACUCCAUUCUGUUUUCACCAACAUCAGAUUUGAUAGUUUAGCAUAUGUACAUAUUUUCCUGCACAUGUCUAUUUUUGAGGAGUCAAAUGCACCUGCAUUGAUUUCUACAUUUCCUGAAAUGUCCAGGAUUUAGCGUUUGCUUUCUACAGUCGUCAUUAGUUGAAUGAUUAUUUUAUACCUUUCUCUUUAUGCCUGAUUUAUAAGAGUUGUGGAGGCUUUUCUAUGUGACGCGCUCGCCUUUGUACUAUUAUUUCCAACAACAGUUCUGUCAUGAUGAAACCGUGGUGAAGAAGAGAUCAGCAUGUGAAGUUGCUGAAUGAAUGAAUUUAAUUGUAUAUUAAAAACAUGAGGAGUUUGUGGAUACAUUUAGAGGACACUCCUGAAAAGGUUUGUCACGCCACCAUUACUCAGUCAUGCAUGUUAGAGCUGCACGAUACUGGAAAAAACUGACAUUGUAAUAUUCUGUAUUUCUGCGAUAUGUUUUGGGAUGUGAGUUAAACAUCUCUAUUUGGUAAGAGUUCUUCAUCGACAAGGAGUGCAUCUACAUAACAUACAAACAAAUUACAAACAUAAAUUAACACAAGAGCAAAGAUACUAAUGAAAUAAACAGUUAUUAAGAGUUUUCUGGAGAGUUUAACAGUAUUGAGGUACAGAAAUGUAAUAAUCAGAUGUAAGAGAACAUUGUUUACAGUGGUCAACAUUUAAAGCAGAUCAAAACCUUUAAUCAAAGGUGUCCUAAAACUAUUUAACAACACCCAUACUUGUCUCAUCUACUCUUGCCUUAAAAAAAAUAAUUCGCUCUGUUAGGAUUAAACUAUGCUUGUGUUUCUGAA